ACCGAAUAACCCCCAGAAGUUUGAUCCCUUAGAUCUGAAACGCCCUGUAUGUGCCACUAUCACUUAUAUUGAUGUGAAAGUGUGACUUUUCUUCUUGCAGCAGAACAUUCCUUCUCAGUAGCUAACGUGUACUUCACUAAGACUUGUGAUAUAUCACCCAGCAGCUUUGAAUCCUACGUAAAAAAGCAGUUCAGCUAUAUCUUCAUUUAUGUGAAUUAUAAUACCUUCUGUGGCGUUAUACUGGUGCAAUAA